GCAAGCCUUCCUUCGUCUGUUUUCUUUGGAAAUACUGUCAAUUCUAUUUCAAAACGGCCAAAUUGACAUGCUCACUUUUGCUGUUAUCUUUGGCCAAUGCUCCGAUCAGUCAGCAACUGUUAGAGCCAAAGCACUUUCCAUACUGGGUGAAUGUAUCGAGUCGAGCGAUCGCUCUGUUGUUGAAAUAUUCGACAUAAUUUUUAGUGAAGAAGUAGAUAGACAAACAACUGGCGCCGAAGAAUUAGAGGAAGAAACUGACAUCGUGGAACUUUUGCAAGGAGAGGAGCCCAUCAACAUUACUGCUGCGCUUUUGCCUAAAGCAUCUGUUAUUAUGAAUCUUCUCAAGGAGCGUGCCGUCGACGAAAAAGUCCAUGUGCGUAAGAAUGCCCUGCAAUUGCUGCUCUCGGUCACUCGACGACAUAGACGCUAUCUUACUCAAGAUCUUCUUAAACUCCUUGGAAAUGCGUGCCGUGACGUCUCUAUGCUCAUUCGUCGCAAUUCAGCUCAAAUGAUGACAGAUCUGUUGUGCGAACACUCAGAAAAUGAAGCCGUUCAAAAAAUAUGGGCUCGAUCGGUACUACCCUUGGUAAUCGAUGGUGAGACGCGUGUGCAAGAGAAAGCACUUGAAUGUGCUGAUCAGUUCGUAUUGCGAUCAUUGGUCGGGAAUGACAGCCAGAAAGGUUGGAUUCUUUUAGAAGUCAUCAUCGAAUUAGGUUUGGACAUCUAUUUGAGCAAAGCCGUCGAAAUGUGGUCUCGUCAACAACAAAUUCCAGCUCAGCUUUUACGGACUCUACUUUCAAACUCUGAGCAGCGUCCCCGAGCUGCACUAACUCUCGUCGCAAUUUUCGCUCGCCAUGCGACCAUUGACAACAACGUCAAGAAAUUUGCCCUUGAUUAUUUGCAAGAAAACAUUGGAUCAACAAAUUCGGUGAAUAUUUAUUGUAUUCAGCAAGUAUACAAAGUGAUUGCAGCAACUCUACCUAGCAUGAGCAAGGAAAAUGUACAAACAAUACGUGAAAUUUCAAGUCGCUUCGUUGCCAAUUCGCAAUUAUCUACAAACGUGAUUACCACUGCUUGCGACAUGGUCGUGUUUUGUAUUCAGCAGCAAGUAGCGGAUGAAGACAAAGCACGCAAAGAAGCUGCUGAAUGGGCAGGGGAAAUUAUAUCCAGUUCCGGUGAAUUUCUUAGCAUCCAUCUCAGAAAACAAGAAAAUGUUUCGCCAGAAGAGGAAGAACAAUUGGCACGAUGGAUUUUCACUCUAGGCUGUGUUGGCCUGCACUGUCCGCAACAAGUAAACAAACGACACUUCUUGCUGUUGCAACACGCUGCUUUUCAACCAGAGAGUGGAGUCGAUGCUCCGAUUCCUUUUUCACAGCCGCAGUCACAACCCAAACGAAAACUUCCUCCACGUUUACAAGCAGCCGCUGUCAUUUCGCUGGGUAAACUCAGCGUUCAACAUGAAGAGAUGGCUAAGCGGCUCAUUCCUGGUUUGGGUCUUUUACUCGAGACGACGCCACAUGAGGCUGUCCGCAACAAUAUCGUAUGCUGUUUGUGCGAUUGGGUUAUCCAUUACGCGACAGCCAUCGAUCCUGUUAUGCCUCAAGUAACGGCCUGUUUACGUGACCCAACUCCCGCUGUGAGGAAACAAACCCUUGUCUUACUGAUUCACCUCCUCCAAGAAGACUAUCUGAAGAUCCGGGGCACAUUCUUUUUCCGCAUCCUGCAGCUGGCAUGCGAUGACGAUGAAAGUUUACGGGACCUGGCUCUUUUUUAUGUUACCCAGCGUUUACUCCAUAGAAAACCUACCAUUAUCCAGCAACACUUCAUUGAAUGUGUAUUCCAUUUUAAUGACUACAAGGGUCACCCAACGUACAACCGACAUGCUUUAACGGAUCGAGAGAAAAAACUAUUUUCAAUUGCUGGACAACAGCAUACCCGUCGUCGAUUUCAGAUCUAUCAGUUUAUGCUUCAGAAUUUAGACGACGAGGCGAGAUUUCAGCUCACAUUCCGACUUACACGCGAUGUGCUCCAUGGUGUUGUUGAAGAAGUUAUGUCUCUCAAAAACGCUUCCACUGAGGCUGUGUUGAAAGAUGCCCUGGCUAUACUAUCCUGCGAUGACAUCAAACUAGCCUCUCUGUCAGCUUCAACGGAUGACGAUCCCGUAGAGAAAGAAGAUAUAGCUCAAGCUAUCGUUCAGUCCACAAAAAAGGCUAUUAUCGCGCAGGUCGUAAAACGGAAUGUUAUCGAAAACAUUGUACCGAUUGUUGUAGCUUUGAAGCGCAAGCUAGCUGCUAAUAAAUCCUCACUGAUGGGCAACUUAAUGCUUUUUCUACGAGAGUUAAUGAAGGACUAUAAAGAUGAGAUCCAAGAAAUCUUAGCAGAAGAUCGCCAGCUAAUGGUUGAAAUUGAUUUGGACAUCAAACGAUUUGAACAACAAGAGAGGAUGCAAUGACAAGGGUGACAGAAGAGGAACUUCCACCAACGUUCUGCUCCAUCCUUAUCUUCAAGACUCAUCCAGCUUCACAGCUUCAGACCUUCAGUGCUUCUUAUGCUGCUGGUAGUCCUGCUACAGAACUUUUCUUGCUUCACUGGCGAGUUGGAUCACUUCAGUUGCUGUGUGACACACCUGCAGUCACUCACCACGGGAUUAUG